CGCGCACGGAAUGCCACUCUCCUUCUUCAUCUUGUCCACUUGUGAUCUUUGAGUUUUUUUAUCGUGAAAGGGGUGCUGAGAAAAGCUGGGGACUAUGUCCAAGGUAGAAGCGUCGUCUUCGGGGGUACCCUCGACCUUGGCAUCCAUCAACAGAUUGCCCACCGAAAUCCUCUCGGAGAUCAUCCAGUUGACUGUUCCGCCUUCCGUCUUCGUCUCACGAUCUCUCUCGUGCACCCCCGAAUCUGCUUGGAAGUCAGGUUUGCGAUCGCUGAAGAGACUAGUUCUGGUCUCCCAUAGCUGGUACUCAGCCGCUGUCGAGGAACUAUACCGUGACAUAUCCCUCCAUCGACUCAGUCAAGUAUAUUCCCUGCAAAGGACGCUGAACGCCCAGCCCAGUCUCGGGGAGCUGAUCAAAGUUCUGCGCAUCACCGCCCUCAUCCAUGUCUCUGAAGAGAGCUGGGAUCCCUCGCCACUCCUCACCAGCAUCCGCGACAUCAUCGGCCUCUGCCCAAAUCUGGUGCGUCUCGACGUCGACCGUGACAUCUCCAACAGAGAGCACACCAUCUUCGGGCAGAUCUUUGCCCCGCCCUUCACGCAGCUCAAAACACUCAACACGCUUAACACGCCCUUCUUUUUUCUCGACUACGCCGCCCACUUCCGCGCUCUAUCCUCGCUCUCCGUCAUCCUCCUCGACUCUCCGCGUCGCGAGACGCUGCCCGAUCCACCGCGGAUCGAGCUCCCGACGCUGCGCGAGCUUCGCAUGCUCUUCCCCGCGCGCAGCGGCGUGCCCAAGUCGCUCGACCUCAUCACGGACUGCUGGACGCUCCCCGCGCUGCGCGACGUCUCCGUGACCGCGUGCGGGUGCGAGCGAUGGGACCCCGUCGAGGUGCAUCCGUUCGAGUACUACGUGCGCUUCUUCAAGCGGCACGGCGCGGGGCUCAGGUAUCUGUCGCUUGUGUUCACGUUCGCGAGGAUCGACUCGAGCUACGGCGCGUGGCCUGCGCCGGAGCUGGGCGGGAUACAGAGGCUGCUUGAUAGCUGUCCCGAGGUCGAGCAUCUUGUGCUCGGGCCGUGGAAGCCGGCGGAUCCGGCGGAGGGGGACGUGGAGAGGCUGCAUCAUGCGAGGGUGACGUGGGUGGACGUUUUUACGCCUAAUGUGGUUACGUUCUUGCCGGAGGGGGCGAGGGGGAGGCCUGUAGAGCUUGAUGGCGGGGAUCUGCCAGGCUUGAAGGGGAUUAGGUUCUUCGACUAUGCGUUGGUGAAUGCCUUGUCGGAGGAUAUCACGCGUGCGCUGCAGCCCUCUGAACGGCCCAAGGCCGGGGAAUGCUGGUCAUGGAGAUACCAGGGCGUGGAUGUGCAAUUUCAGGAUGGGGUGGUAUGGAGCUUGGAUCUGGAAUAUGUGCAUGGGUUGGCGGACAAGGCCAUAGAUCGGUGGGGAUGCGACAGUGCGGAGAAUAGCGGAUCCGACGAAGAAAAUUCGGACGAGGAGGAAGCAGCACCUCCUCCGGAAUCUGGCGCAGGGGCCGAGGAUCAAGCACCAGUAGAUGGGAAUCCUGGUGAUGAGUAUCCGGAAUCGGACGACGAGACGUGGGCGGAAGAGAGGUGCGACUCCGAGCUGUCGUACGGUAGCGAGGAUGAGGAGUCGUCAGAGUCGGAUGACGACUUUCCAUUCUUACCGCACCGAGAAGGAUGUAGAUUAUUGUGUUCUACGCGUUGCUUACACUCGUCUGAUGUUUAAUUAGC